GUGCACGUGUGCAAAAUUUUGCAGUAUUACUCUUUCCCUUUAUUGUUUUUAGAUCGAACAUUUUCAAUUCUACCUCAAAUCCGACCUACUCGGGGUUGAGCUAUUUUUAUUAGUUUCAGAAUACCUGGCAUCGAUUGGUGUGUUCGAAUCACGUAUGCGUAUGCAUUCGUCACGCAUAUAAUCAAUUCAGUCUCAACUACCGGCAAAAUUUGCAAAAAGAGAUUUAUUUUGUGCUUCGACAUUCUUCUCACCUGCUUGAAUAUUCAUCACAAUCUUGAUGUUAUUCAACAAUACUAAUAAAUGCAGCAGAUAACCUCUGUGUUUGAUGAAUUUAUUUUCCUCAAUUUUAAAAGCUAACGGUCUUUUUUUGAUAGCACAUUGUUCAAAAUGAGCGAUGAUAUAGCGUCUUCAGAAUACUCCUCCAAUUGUAAUGUAAACGAAAAUGCGUUCGAUAAAUCAAUGGUACAUAACGAAGCUACGACGGGGGAAAAGGAGAAGAAGAAGGGCAGAAGAAAAGUCAAAAUUGAAUUUCUAGAAGACAAAUGUAGACGCCACACAACUUUCAGCAAAAGAAAGGGUGGUAUUAUGAAAAAGGCGUGGCAACUCUCUGUUCUAACGGGGACGGACAUAUUUUUGCUAGUUGCAUCGGAAACAGGUCACAUUUAUGGAUUCGCGACUCCAAAACUGCAGCCAAUUAUCAAGAAGGCAGAAGGGCUGAAUCUCAUUCACUCAUGUCUGAAUAGUACAAUAAAUACACAAUGUACGAACACGUGUUCAAGUAAUCAGACAUCCUCACAAAACAAAAAUCACGAGUAUGCCCCGGUUUUUCAGGAAGGGAUUAAAAAAGAUGAAAAAAUGCUCAAGGAAAAAUCAAUUGAGAAGCAAAGUACUCCAUUCUGUUCUCAAAACAGUGUGGAUUUACAAUGCAUGUAUACACAACUUCUUUGUUCAUCGUUCAGUCUGCAACAGGCAAACUUGAACUUUCAAAUACCCUAUGUAUAUCCGCAGCCUAUAUCUCAACAGCAACCUCACGGAUUUGUGCCACAACAACCAGCUACCCAUGAAGUGUCCCCUAUUAUUUCAAGACAGGCCGGCCCCGCACCGUUGAUUUCACCUUUGAAUGAAUUUGAACUCGUUCCUCAUAUAUCUGGUUUAAAGAAAACCAGCCUUAAUGAAACUUGUGUCAGUCAUCAUGAUGACUGAAGUCUUA